AUGGGGGAACAAUAUGAAGAAUCCAAUAAUCAGAAAAAGGAUGUGCUUGGUCCUGCCCGCUCAUGGAGGCAGAUAUGUGUUAAACACUGUUUCUGCCUAUGGGUAUGUGUACACGGGACCUUGAAAAGGCCACCUGUUGCAUUUGUUAGGGAGCUCACAGAACAAUAAGGGUAAUGACAACAUUGGAAAAGAACUGUAAGUUUAAUGACCAAUAUGCAUUACACUCUUCAAAACUUAUUAUUUUUGCCUUCCUAUCAAUUCACUUUAUAUUAUUAAGCAAUGUUGUCACUGUUGCUGAUGUUGUGGUUUUGUUUGCUCCCUAGCAGCUGUCUUCUCAGUGGUUUGUGUGUAGAAUAUUGUUCCCCUUUAAAGUAAUUAUUAAUUUAGAUUUACUUGAAUGUUGUAAGUUCAUAGCAUUUUAUUUAUUCAGCAAUUUUAUUAUUCCAGUAACAUUACUUUCAGUUCAAAACUGAAACAAAGCAAAAUAAAAAUGAUUUUAAAAAUAUCCCAGGAACAUGCUUUUGGAAUUAACACAAGGACUUUUGUCUUCCCAUAGUAGAAUAAACACAUUGAAACUUAAUUAAAUUUGGAAGGGAUUUUCAAAGUUACCCAAACCGGUCAUUCCUCUAACAACACACUUCAAACAGGAAUGUUUCAGCUUUGAAAGACUGGGUGGCCUGUGGUCUAUCUUCAAGUAAUCUUUAUCUUGUUUAUAAUGGACAACACAAUUUUACUUUUGAUUCCCUUUCAUCUAGUUCUCACCAAUGGCAGAUGUUAUGGCGACAUANCAGCUGUCUUCUCAGUGGUUUGUGUGUAGAAUAUUGUUCCCCUUUAAAGUAAUUAUUAAUUUAGAUUUACUUGAAUGUUGUAAGUUCAUAGCAUUUUAUUUAUUCAGCAAUUUUAUUAUUCCAGUAACAUUACUUUCAGUUCAAAACUGAAACAAAGCAAAAUAAAAAUGAUUUUAAAAAUAUCCCAGGAACAUGCUUUUGGAAUUAACACAAGGACUUUUGUCUUCCCAUAGUAGAAUAAACACAUUGAAACUUAAUUAAAUUUGGAAGGGAUUUUCAAAGUUACCCAAACCGGUCAUUCCUCUAACAACACACUUCAAACAGGAAUGUUUCAGCUUUGAAAGACUGGGUGGCCUGUGGUCUAUCUUCAAGUAAUCUUUAUCUUGUUUAUAAUGGACAACACAAUUUUACUUUUGAUUCCCUUUCAUCUAGUUCUCACCAAUGGCAGAUGUUAUGGCGACAUAGACCUUUGUCACUCGGCAGCCAUUUUGUCUCAGGAGAUUAAAAGUGCUUUGUUCAUGCACGGCUAGCCUAUAGUUCUCUCUUUGAGGCUAGCCGUGCAUAAACAAAGCUUUUUAAACCUCUUGAGACAAAAUGGCCACCCCUUGACAAAGGUCUAUUGGACCUUUUUUAAGAAGUCUUAUUAAAAUCUAUCUGUCUGGAUCGAGCUUAAUUUUUGGACACAGAUGCUGUGAGUGUUAUUAAACCAAAAAGCAAUUUAUUUCCAUGCUUGCAACAUGCUGAUUAUCACAUCUUUCACAAUCAAUAUAGAUGGCAAGUCUCCUGCUGGCCUACUCUUUCUGAAUGUUAUCUUCUCAGGAAUGCUUGCUACUUCCCCAUGGGGUACUUAAAUCAUGAAUUUUAGGGUUACUGGGUGCCACUGGAAUCCUGAAACCCUUGUUUACCUAUACCAGCCCAUGUUGCUGUAUUUUCAACCCUUAUCAGUAAAAUAGGCCCCAAAAAUUAUCCCCAGAAACUCUUUCAUAAAUGUUGUUGACGCCAAUUAAUAACCCAUAAAUGAAUAUUGUGCCCCUGCACACGUAGUCACACCAACUUGAGCUGAGGUGUAUUUGUGAAAAUGCUCAGUGGGGAGGAAGUGAAUUGUACUGUUUGCAGGCUUUGUUAAAAAUUGUUACUACUUCCUGCUCACUGUAUAGAUUAUGACAAUUGCUGCCAUGGAACCAGUUCAAUCAGAACCUGGUAAGAAAACCAAAUUAUAUAAAUAUUUCUUAGUUUUGAUGUCAGAUGUACCAGUGAUUAUAAUAUUAUAAUAAUAAUACAGUCAAGCCAGGUCAAGCAUACUCCUUAGUGAAUUGAUUAUUUUGAAAAUCAAAUAUGUAAGUUGAGUUGUUGCUGCCGGUAUUAAAUAAUUGAAAUCAGCUUUCCUGUGUGUAUAAUGAGCAGUGACUUUUGGACCAAAACAAGACUUAAUUAGAUAUUGAUCGCGGUGUUUCAGCCGCAUACUGCAGGCCUUCGUCAUGCGAUAGUGUUGAUUUACUGAGAAGUACAAUGUGUACCGCGGUGGUUGACAACAUCACCAUUGCUGAUAAAAAAUAUCUUCACACUUUAAGUAAUGACCACUUCUUUACUCAAAUAAUCAAGUGGUUGAUCAACAGGCAACCCAGCACCGGACUACAGUCAGAUAUACACACUGCUUAGUAGAGUCAUGAGAGAACAGCCACCACCUGACCUUACCCCACUUGGUAAGUGGUAUCAUGCAUUAUAAUAACUUAAUGUCUCUCAGUGUUUGCCAGCUUGUAGGGAGAGGGAUGCAACAGGUGCACAUUCAUCGCUUCCCCCUUUUUCUUUUUUUUUUCCCCUUUUUCCUCCUUCUGUGGUCCCCCUGUUGGUUCCGAACUCGUCACGUACUUAGCUAUUCUCUACCUGGCCAAGAUCAAGUGGUAGCAAUGUUUUACUUUCCUAAAGAUUGCAAUCUAUUAACUUCCUCAGUAGUGUAAGCCCAAGGUUCACAGCCAAAGUCUUUGAAAGGUGCUCUAAGAGUUCCAUGUUUUACCAGUGAUAUCUUUUAUCUGACAGUGGACUAUAGAUCAUUUUCACACAUAUAGUAAACUGUCAUGCAAAUUUCUUGGAACAAAAAGAAGUUUUUACAUGAGAAAUAAGACCCAAACCGUAUGACUUUUUUAGUAGACCAAAUUGACCCCCAUUUCAUUGAUUUGCUACACCAAUAUGGCCACCUUAGCUUAAUGCCAUGUGCAACUUGAGAUAUUCCUGGAGCCCACCCCCCACCCCCUCUGAAUAGUUUGUACUUUUAAGGCUCCUAAGUACCUGCCUAACUAAAAUCCUACCUAUGGGCCUAGUGUAGUUGCCUGGAUGGGUAACACUCCUUGUGUCUGAUAUCAUAAUUUAUGUCUUUACCAUAAUCUAUAAUUAAGUGUUAUGAAUUUACUGUGACAGUGUUAGCUCAGUUGGUAGAGUGCUAGACUGCAGAGUAGAAGGUUGCAGGUUUGAUUCCCGGGGCCAGACCAAUACUCAAGGUCUUAACAUAAUUGAGAAAUGAAGGGACUCCCUCCGCACUGCAAGAGGUUGGACCUUUGGGUGGCUCAGAUGACCAGGUAAAAUGGUGGUCCCAUUCCCAUCUCCAGUUGGAGAUGUAAAAACAGUGUCCCCAACUAGUAACUUUGUGCUAAAUACUUUCACACUCAAAUAAAGAGCAUUUUUUUUUACAUAAUCCUCAUCUGUUUUCUCUUAUUUCUUGCUUCAGAUGCAUCAGUCAUUCUGGAUUUAUUAAAUGACCUAGAAAGACGGCUUGCAGGUCAUGAUAUAAGCAGUCAAGUUCAAUUUGUAGUUAAUAAGUCCAAAGAAAUCAUGGCAACAGCUGCAGGAACCACUGGACAAGGCAAUUCUGAUGCAGGCAGUAGUUCUGGCCGUCCCAAAUCCCAGUUGUUCUCUUUAAACCCCCUUAAUGUUCCUGUUCAACUGUUAAACUUAAAGAAGCCCACCCUGGUGAACACUGCUUCUAAGGCUGCCCCUGAGACUACUAAGGAACAAAAUUGACCAUUUUAGAAAUUCUUAAACUACAUAUAGAAAAACAGCACAGUCAGCAC